UACAAAGCAGUUGCAAAUACCCACACAUUGCAAUUUAACAGUGUUUUAGAUAGAAUCCAAUUAUUUAAGGCUGUGUUUGUGUUGCGGCCAAAACAUUCAAUUGAUUAAACUAAACCGAGUCAGAUUAACACGAAAAUUAAAGCGAUCAUAAUUCAUUCUCGGUGGUUAACUAAAAUUACAAGGUAGAGCAAUAUAAACAUGAUGGCCCAUCCUUUAUAAGUGGUAAUUAUCAACUAAGUCCAUAAAGCACUUAGUCAUGAAUGAAGCGAUUGCAACAAAAUCCCACACCAAUUAUAAAUACAAAGGUAAUUGAGGUAUAACUCUUAUAAUAAAUGUGAUGGUGUUAGUUCAUAAAAACAAGUAAGAGGUUCAAGUACGAGACAGUUGGGUAACUUGGCAUAAGUUGGUCAGAUUCUUUUACACAUUACAUAAACUAUUUCAGACAACUUUUGAUUUUAAAGAAGGCAUACAAUCACAAUACACAUUAAAUACAUAUAUAUUUUUGGGUUUUUGUGCCAUAUUAUGAAAAUAUUACAACCAGACAUAGCCAGAGUAUAUAUGCUACUGUUGUGUGAAACCAUGAAGUAUAUCUUAUAUAUGUUCUGUGUUUAGACUAACAUGGUUCCUUGUCAUAAAUAUUUACACUGUCUUUUAUGAUUUCCUCAUUUGUUGCCCCACUUAAACUAGUACCUAUACAUUAACUUAGGAUGUUACAACAUGCCCGCUCAAUUAAAUCGUUUUGUUGAAAUUUAAUCUUAAUUUCACUGAGCCCUUGCUUAUUAAAUAUCACAGGUUACAAUUAUUUUUCAAACAUUUGAUACAGUUAAGUAUUAAUUUGUUACAUUUGUAACGUACUAUGAUGUCAGGGUGAUUAUGUGACCACGUCAGAGUGAUGUAUGAUGCAAAUUAAGCAAAUUAAAUGAGUUGUCUGUUUUGUUAGUUGGGGUAAUGACAGUUUACAUGAAGACGUGUAGAACAACACAUUCUGGGUAUAUAUACCAAGGAUCUUCACUCAUUCAGCAUCCAAUCUUACCACAAGCAACUAGAAGAAAACAACUAAAAGCCAAAACAACAAGAGAAACAAACAGCAUUGAAAGAAACAAAUUAGAAUAUCUGGAAAUUUACAGAAAAAAUGAAGCAAUUUGUUACUUUAAUAUGCUUGCUUCUGUUCAUAUGUUGUGCACGUAGUCAAGAUGUACAGAGGAAUGCGGAAACAGGAGAAAUCAGAUAUACAGAUCCAAGGACAGGAGUUAAUUCCGUCUGUGAUGGCAACUGUAAGGACCAAAAAAAUUGGUGCGGUGUGGGAAUUGCAAAUGCAUAUUGCAACCAUACCUUCUGGGGUGCAGCCUUUCGUGUUGCUUGCCCAAGGUCAUGCGGAAUAUGCAAGAAAUGUCCUCAUUUUGCACAAUUUUGUACACCAGGAGAUGGUUGCAAAGAUGAGUAUGAAAACUGCGCUACAGUACUAGCACCAUUAUAUUGUAAACACUCAACUAUGGGUGCUGUGGUUCAACAAAAAUGUCCCAAAUCUUGUGGAAUUUGUAGAACUUGUGAUGAAAGAACACAAGAGUGUAGUCCAGGAUGCUCAGAUGCAGACAGAGACUGCCCCUACUGGGCCAACAAUAUGGAAUAUUGCAAACCAGGAUCAGUUCACAGAGGAUGGAUGUUGGAGCACUGUAGAAUGAGCUGCAGAGUUUGUAUACCAUGUGUUGCAACUGUACCAGCUAGACCCACUGCUCCUCCUACAACACCACCACCUCCACCAACCACAGCUGCAGUUACACCCACACCUGCAGCAGUAACAAACAGUGUUGAAGAAGAAUGCAUGAGGAAUAGAGGACAAAGUUUGACAUUUGCUGACCAAUGUCUCAACGCACAUAACUACUACAGAUGCUUGCAUAGUUCACCAAGAGUUGUAUAUGAUGCGGCACUUCAACGUAAUGCUCAGCGAUAUGCCAACAAACUACCAACCAUGGAUUCAAUCAUACCAUCACAAAUUGGAAUGGACCGAGACUUUGGUGUUGGGGAAAACAUUGCUUGGAGAAUAUCUCCCUUUGAAAUGUUUACCGUAGAUAGAGCUAUUGCUGGAUGGUAUGCUGAAGGCCUAGAUUAUAACUUCAUGACACCACAACUGUCAGAACGAACAGCUCAUUUCACUCAAAUGAUCUGGAAAGAGACUCACUCCAUUGGAUGUGGUAUUAAAACACAUAAGGAUGAAACUUACAUCGUUGUUCAGUACAGAGGAGCUGGGAACAACCCAAGCACAUUAAGGAUGAAUGUUAACUGGCCAAAACCAGAGGUCUGUGAAGCAAACUGUGACCUUGGAAGUUGUCAUGGACACGACGGUGUUAACUCAAUAUGUUCAUGUGGGGUUGAUGGAGUACAAGACCGCAUGCCUAACUGCAGUGGCCACUGUGUUGUAAUUUGCCCAAGACCUGAACAGCAUGUUGGUGACUGGAGGGAGUCGUGUGAAGGGGAGACAUCGUGUGAAUGCAAAAAUCAAAAUAACAUACCAAUCGGUGGUAUCCCAGGAGCACAAUGUGAUCAAUAGAAGAUUGAAAUAUUUAAAACACUUUUGAAAGAAUUUUUACACUUGUACUUAUUACUUUAUGUUAUUUCUAUACUUUAUUAUUUUAGUCGAUUACAUCUUUAUAACACCAAUGAUUUUUCUUCUUUUCUCUUUAGGUUUUUUAUUUAUAAACUUGUAUUCACAGCAUAUAUUGUGUCAGUGUGUGUAUGAUUUAAAUAAACUUAUCCUUUCAUGUUAUAUUUGGAUUGAUUUUAUUAUUUUAAUGCUGGUACAGAGACUGUCAGAUUAAUUUUAUCCAAACUGAAUAGAUUUUGAACAGUUGACUACUAAGUGCUGAAUAACAUUUCUGCCAUGAUUUUUUUCACUUUAGUAAUAUUUUAUAUUUCGCCCUAAUUUUUUAAACCAGAAAAAUAGGAUAUAGUUCUAGACAUACUUUUUAAGUCAGUGUGAAGAACAGAACAAGGUAGCAGCUGACAA